AACAAAGUUGUGAAAGCGGUUGGGAUGGCUUCGCAGAGGAGGUCGGACAGGCGUCUCCGCGGAGCCGGUGUUUGUCAGCGGGGAUGCGGGCUCCCCCUGCCCGCCGAGGACGCUCUCCAAGCGGAGCACUGCUGCGUGGAGGCGCUCCGCACGGUCACCGACGCGCUGGAGGAGAGGAGCGCCGCAGUGGAGCACGGAGCCCGGAUGUCGAGGCUCAGGUGGAACAGGAGGGAGCAGCUCCUGCUGGCCCAGGUGUCCAGGCUCCAGAACCAGGCUCAGCUCGCUGCUCUCCAGUACCAGCGCAGACUGCACCAGUACAUGGUGCACACCAACAGCAUCGCGCAGCAGAUGGCUGGACACUGCCAGAGUGAUGCUGACCCGCAGAGCCACCGAUCAGAGGAGUCCACACGUGCAGAACUACAGGAGCAGGUCGAGGAGCCCGAGGUGAAUGGAAAGGAGCUGUCCAAGUCCAAUCAUGAGGCGACCUUGGAGGCCUUCUGUGGUGCCAAGGAACCCGUCGUGGUGCAGGUCAUCAGGCGGACGCCCAGCGGCCGGCCCCACGGCCCCCUUCAGGAAAUCCAUGUGGUGGAUGUGUGCACUCAGACCGACAUCACCUUUGAACACAUCGUGGCGCUGGCAAAGCUGCGGCCUUCGACCCCCCCUGUGCCUGACGUCUGUCCCUUCCUGCUCUCCGACAGCUGUCACUCUCUCCAUACAAUGGAUCAGGAUUUCUAUGAAGGGACAGACUACCUCUCCCCUAUUCCUGCUGAUGGAGAGAGGACAGAGGAGUUUGAAUACGAGGAAGUGGAAUUGUAUCGACUCAACAGCCAAGAGAAGUUGGGAUUGACUCUGUGCUACAGGACGGACGAAGAGGAAGAUGUCGCUAUCUAUGUCAGUGAGAUCUGUCCAAACAGCAUCGCUGCCAAAGACGGACGCAUCCGAGAGGGGGAUCGCAUUUUGCAGAUUAAUGGCCAGGAUGUACAAGACCGAGAAGAAGCAAUGGCUGCACUCUCCAAUGACGAGUGUCGGAACAUCGUGCUGCUGGUCGCCAGACCUGAGAUGCAGCUGGAGGAGGCCUGGCUGGAUGAUGAGCACAGCGAGUUCCUGGAGCAGCUGAAGAUGGAAAUGUUGGAGGAGCAGCAGAGAGAGGAGAUGGAAUUAGCUGCCUUACAGGAGGAGCAGGAGAAUGAACAGCAAGCAGAGGAUGAUAAGCCCACCUGCUCAACACUUCCUCAUCACCAGAGCAGCGUACUGAGAAUAAAGGACAGAAUGGAAAGCUCGGAUCAUAAUGUCCUGGCUCAGAUCCAGAGACGUCUGUCCCAGUGCCUGAGAGACAACCGGGACACACACUGUACCAUCGGCUCCACGCGGCUCGAGGACAAAGACGACGAGGACGAUGAUGAGAUGGAGGGUGAUCGAUUCCAACAGCUGUUGGAGCUCAAGUGUCAGAUCCGUAACAGCGGUGAGUACGACCUGUUCUACAGCCGCCGCAGCACCAUCGAGUGCAGCGUGGGGGAGCCGGGCGGCGUACAGCACGAGCUGCGUCUGCUCAACGAGGAGCUGUGCAGCAUUGAACUUGAAUGUCAGAACAUCAUGCAGGCCCACAAGCUUCGUAAGGGACAGAUAUCUCCCUCAACGGGCCACUCUGCACCCUCCAUCAAAAACCAAAGCCUCCACCACGGGGAGCCCACAAAGGGUAAGCUGACAGACAUUCAUGGGAGGCUGGAGAAAUCGGACAAGGACAGCUCCAGUGCCUAUAACACAGCGGAGAGCUCACGCAGUACACCUCUGGCAAUGGACCGCUCCCCAGAGCAUUCGCUCCAGAGGAUGGUGAGUCUCACCAACCAGAGGAACCUCUGCAGCAGCCUUGCCUCUGCCCACUCUCUUAGCUCCAGCCCCGUCCCUGUGUGCCGUGCUCCUGUCCAAGGCAUAAGCAGCAGCCCUGACCACAGCAAUCCAUCUGAGUCGGAGCAUACACCUCAGGCUGAGGAGGAGGGCAAAGGGACACUAAAGACAAAUGCUUGCCAGAUUCCUUACUUCUCUCCAUCCCAUAGUUCCCAGCAGAGGCAGACCAACAUCCCAGCUCAUGCCCGUCACUACCAGAGCUACAUGCAGCUGAUCCAGCAGCGCUCAGCUGUGGAAUAUGCUCAGAGCCAGCUCAGCCUGCUCAGUGUGUGCAAAGAGCCUCAGCGGCCCAUUAAUGAGCCUAAGAUGGAGUGGAAGGUCAAGAUCCGCAGUGAUGGAACCCGCUACAUCACUAAGAGGCCGGUGAGAGACAAGAUCCUGAGGGAGCGAGCCCUGAAGAUUAAAGAGGAGCGUAGCGGCGGGAUGACUACAGAUGACGAUGCAAUGAGUGAAAUGAAGAUGGGAAGGUACUGGAGUAAAGAGGAAAGGAAGCAGCACCUGGUCAGGGCAAAAGAACAGAGGCGAAGACGGGAGUUCAUGCAGCGUAGUCGACUGGAAAGCUUGAAGGAAAAUCCUCAGAGCAGCAACGAGGGUCGCAAGGAAGUCAGCAUCAUAGAGCUCAGCCACAAGAAGAUGAUGAAGAAACGCAACAAGAAGAUCCUUGACAACUGGAUGACCAUCCAGGAGCUGAUGACUCAUGGUACUAAGGCCCCUGAGGGAGCCAAGGUGCACAAUGCCUUCCUAUCAGUCACUACUGUAUAAAAAACACACACAUUCUACCCCAUGCGGUACAAUAUACUUGCCUCGUUCAAUGUGGCGUUUUUAUGGAGGACAAUAUGAAUAUUUUUCACACUUUGUAACCCAAAAAAGCAUUUUGUAAAGAAUUUAUCAGUGGUGUCAUGGCAUUUUCUUCAUGUUUUUUCCACCUUUUGUUUUUCACAUCACUCUGCGUGAAGAAAAAAAAAACAUUUUUCUAUGAAAUGAUGACUAUACAAUUAUUUUAUUACUUCACACUACAUAUUUAUCUUUUCCAACUUUUCAAUUCUAUUUUCAUAUUUAUGUUGUAACCAUACCUGAAAGUUGUGUGAACAUCUUCUUUCGUGUGUUACCUUCACAUGCCAAUUGCAAAACGCAGGGAAUCUCUGGGUACGAUCUACCCUUCCUUUAAAACUGAAAUCACAAAGUCAAGAGUUAGUUGAAAUAACAUUUCAAGCUAUCAGUGCAUUGAAGCAGCUCAGAACUCCAACCUGUCAAGACAGUCAACCACACAGGUAUUACAAUAUGUGAUGGCUUAAAUGGUUUCAGUUACGCUGAGUUUAACUAUGACAGUUUGUUUAAUCUGU